AUGCCGCAGUGCGGGAACACGAAGCCGACUCGAACCGACAACGCCGGCAAGACCCUGCAGUACGGCAGCAGGAAGCGGCCUCGCAUCGUGCCCGCCGUGACGAUGCAGCGGUACUUUGCUAUUACUCUUGACGCCUCCUCUUUAGACGCUCUUCCCGACGACGACGCAUUUCAACUGCUCGAAGAUUCCGUCGAAACUAUACCCCAGUGUCCCGACGUGCACAAUCCAGUGGAUGCAUGCGUGGCGCUUAACGCAUUCGAACAGUCCGUGGUGUGGGACGAAGAGCGCUACCUGGCCAUAGCUCCUGGUGAACACAGACAACCACUGAGCAUACUGUACGAUGAAAGAGCAGAAGAGUUGUCCUUCCCUCAGAUAUACCUUGGGGAGCCCCGGCGCGUAAAGGCAGAAGCUCAUCCCACGCCCUUUACAUAUGCCACCAGUGAGAUACGUCGCAAAGACCGUCGCGGUGUUUCGCCUCACCACAUCCUGUUCAUGGCAAUGAAAGUGCUCCGAUUUAGAGUCAGUCGCGGCCUGGCCGUCACAUUUCGCGUCAACGACGACACCGACAAAAUUACACGCCAAAUGCUUGAAGACGAACACUUCAUACAGGAUACCAUUGACCAAGACAUGGCCUUUAUGAAGGGCGUUCCCAACACGGUCCACUACUGGCAGCAGCGAAAGAAAGAUGUCUUCGCUAUGAUACGCCAGCUUGGCAAGCCGACUGCGUUCCUCACCCUGUCAGCCUCAGAGAUGCAUUGGCCUCGAUUACUCGCUCUGCUUGAGCGGUUGCGCCAGCAAGAUCCCACCUUAGAAGUGCACGUGUCGGAAAUGACAUCCAUAUACCGUGCUCAGCUCGUCAACAGUGACCCCGUGGUGUGCGCCAUUUACUUUAACAAGCUCCACGCUCACAUCUUACUUUGGUUGGACAACGCACCGUGCGAAACCGUCUCCUCCGACAUGCCAGAAACGAUCCGCCUCGCAACGCACCUCGUGUCCCUCGAUACCUCUGUGUUGCCACGCCUGCGCACUCAAGUGCACCAACACACACACACCUGCUACAAGCGCGGAAACUCUCGUUGCCGUUUUGGCGCUCCUUUCUGGCCCACUGACAACACCAUGGUGCUACUUCCCUAUCCGCCCACACAAGACGAUGCCGAAGCCACGCGGCGCGUCGCACUCAAGGAACGCUUCUUGCAGAUGCACGCCGCUCUUGAAAGCACGCACUACGACAGCAUCGGCCAAUUCCUCGAGCACCAUGCAGUCACUACCGAGGAAGAAUACGUCUCCGUGCUCCGCGCUGGCGUGACGCGCCCGACCUUGUUUAUACAGCGAACAGUGCAGCAAAAGUGGAUCAACGUAUUCAAUCCGUGGGUCGCCUCCAUGCUCGACUCAAACAUGGACCUUCAGAUCAUCCUUGACGCCUACUCGUGUGCUGCUUAUGUAGUGGAAUACGUAAAUAAGUCCAAUCGCGGGGUUUCAAACCUGCACAAAGCCGUGUCGGACAUUUUGGCAGACACUCCAAACAUUCCUUAUGGCCAGGCUCUUCGGUUACUCGGCGUUAAGAUGCUCAAGGCUGUUGAGAUGAGUGCUCAGGAAGCUGCGUGGACACUCCUCCGACAGGAGAUGUCCGAGUCCAGUAGACGAAUCACCUACAUUGCCACAUGCCUACCGGAAGAGCGCACGCGCGUUCGCAAAACGCGCGCGCAGAUGGAAGCAGCCGGUCUCGACGCCGCGUCAACGGAUGUAUGGAAAUUUGGGGUGUUGCGCAGAUAUGAAGACCGCCCAGACAUUUUGCAAGACGUGUGCUUGGCAGACUUUGUGGCGCAUUACAACUUGCACACCUACCAAAAGCGCCGCGACCCAGCCGUCAUUCGUUACCGCUGCUACUCCAUCGACGAAUCACUCAACUACAUGCGGGAAGCAGUCACACUGUUCCUUCCUUUCCGCCGGGAAGUAGACAUUUUGGAUGGCAAUGCUUUUGAGCACAUGUACGCUGAGAACAUGGACGCCUUGCUGCUCAAAAGAUCUGAGUACGACAGUAAGUUCGACAUUCACCAGCUGCGCCACAUAUGCCUCCAAAUGUGCACCGACGACGCCCGUAGUAGCGAACUACACACUGCCACUGACCCACACCACGUUCCUUUGGUCGACCAAAACGACGACGAAGAUUUGCUCGGACCACCUGAUGCUAACUCCGUAGCGCCAAAAGGUCGUUGCGCCGCCGUCUGCACGCGUCAGGAUGUCAUGACCGGGGACGCCUACAGGGAAAUGAUGCGUCUCGCCAACAAGGAACAGUUAGAAGUUGUUCGCGAGGUGAUCCACCGCCUAACCACACCGACUUCUGACCCACUAAGAAUCUUCUUGACUGGUGUUGCCGGUUGCGGCAAGACCUUCGUUCUACGCCUAAUUAUGGAUGCCUACAACCGCUACACUAACACCGCCUCCACUUGCACGCACAACGCGUACGUCGCGUGCGCCACAACAGGCAAGGCAGCGGUCGCCAUCGGUGGGCUCACUGUACACGCCGCCUUCAAGCUCAGUAUGCGUGCCGACGGGGGCUUGCGCGACGGAGACCUCAACUCCUUCCGUACAGCGUUCACAAACGUCAAGUGCGUCAUUGUGGACGAAUGCAGCAUGAUGAGCAGCGACACUCUCGCACGUGUCGACGACCGCCUGCGACAGAUCACUGGCAACUACAACGACCCUUUCGGCGGUUUGGACUUCAUAAUGUGCGGUGACUUGCGCCAGCUGCCCCCUGUACGCUCCAGCGAGGUGUACAAACGCAGCAAAACACGCAACAACAUCUUCAACACCCACGUCACUUGGCAUCACCUCUCCUACUUCCCGCUUGUGCAAGUCGUCCGGCAGAGCGACGCCAUAUUCUCCGCCGCACUCUCAAAGAUCGGUGAUGGUCAUGCACUCGAGAAGGAAGAAAUCGACAUGUUUCAGGCCCGCUUCGUUUCCAAACAGGACGCAAACUCCCGCUGUCCUCACGCCGUCCGGCUAUUCUACUCCAACAAGGAUGCCGAGGCGUACAACACGCACGACGCCGUCCAAGACGUUCACGAUAUUCACGAGGCUAAUGCCGACGACUCCAUCAUCGGCUACCGCACCGAUGCUGAGUGUGAGAGCGCAAAGCGUCGGCUACACUCACUUACCACAGCUGAGGUUGGUAACCUCCCUCGAAAACUCGUGCUAUGCUUAGGAAAGCCCUACAUGCUUACCCUAAACAUUGACGUGUCCGACGGCUUGGUUAAUGGGGCGGUGGGUCACCUCAACCACGUGCAGUUCGACGAAAUGGGCCACGCAAAACGUGUUUGGCUCCACUUUCACUGCCGAGCAACUGGCAACAUUGCUCGCCUGAAGGCCAACCCGAUUCGUCAAGUUGCUGGUUCUGUCGUACCUGUCGAUUCCGUCCCGAUAGAGCUGCGCACCGCCACUGUGACUUUGGACAGAAGAACGGGUGUGUCCUGUCGUCGCAAGCAGUUCCCCGUGAUGCAAGCGAGCGCUGUCACGAUACAUAAGUCGCAGGGCGGAACGUACAGCGAGGUGGUGUACGAUUACCACAAGCGCCAUCCCCAGAAACUAGUUUACGUUGCGUUGAGUCGAGCCACCACUCUGCACGGACUCUACUUGACCAACGCAGAGGAUGACUUCACCUUCUAUCACUGCAGAGAAAACCCGGAUCGGGCCUUGUCGGACGAAUUUCGUCGCUUACAAAACCAUAAGCUCAACACGAUCGCCGCCGAGUGCUUUGCCGUCCUCCACUCACCGCAUAGAUUAGCGAUAUGCAACAUCAACGUGCGCUCCUUGCCUGCACACGCCUUCGAUGUGUCGCACGACCAUGUCGUUCGCGAGGUACCAGUACUGUGCUUGUCGGAAACGUGGACGGACAGUGCCGUCGAAUUGCCCGGUUACAAGUGCGUUACCCUCGCAAAGCGACACGAGCGCCGAGCUGCUGGAGUUGCCGUGUACGAGCACUUCGGAGGAACCACGCUUUCACCGCGAAACGUUCCCUACCAACUCAACACGCUGCCCCAGAUGAGUUGUGGCGAUGCGUGUGCCAUUCAAACAUCACAGGGCUUCAUCGUCGCAGCUUGCUACCUAUCACCAGGAACCUCGCGGUCCGACGUCACCGACUUCUUUCUCCGUAACUUCCGUGCGGUGUGCCUUGAGAAUGCACCGGUCAUCAUCACUGGAGACUUCAACGUCAAUGUGCUUCGCCGUGAAAAUGAGUGGCUUCUCGCGUUCCUUGAUGCCGAACUUGGACUUCGCCUCUUGUCGGACGUCACACAGCCUACUACGCGCAACAACACCUGUUUAGAUCUUGUGUUCGGAAAGGGCAUCCCAUCCCGAGUGCACUGCGUGACAUUUCCGACCUACUUUAGCGAUCACAAGCCGGUUCUCGUGGUCGUCGAGUGA